GGGCCGCCCCCGGCCCGCCCCGCCCCGGCCCGGCCCCGCUAUAAGAGGGGCAGCGGCGGGGCCCGGAGCUCAGGCUGGCGGCGGAGGCGGCAGCGGCGGGGCUGGGGCAUCUCCGCCCGCCGCCGCCAUGAAGUCUCCGGCAGCGCAGAGCCCGGCGGGGCAAGCGCCCGGGGAGGACGGCGAGGGCCUGGCCGAGGCGCUGGGCGAGUUCGACGCGGUGCUGGCCGAGUUCUCCUGCCCCGCCGGCCGGCGCCGCUUCUUCUACGGCGAGCACCUGGAGCGCAUGAAGCGGCGGAGCAGCGCCAGCGUCAGCGACGGCAGCGGCCUCAGCGACUCCGAGAGUGCAGAUUCCCUCUACAGAAAUAGUUUCAGUCUCAGUGAUGAAAAGCUCAACUCUUCAACUGCAUCUACUCCAAGCUUGCCAUCCCCUUCAGUGACUCCUUGUAAAGCAAAGCUUGGAGACACAAAAGAGCUGGAGGACUUUAUUGCUGAUCUUGACAGAACACUAGCAAUUUGCCAGUCCUGUGGAUCAUUAUCUGGAUAAGAAGGUAUGUGAAAUGAAUUUUCAGCAUUGUGCUUGCAUGUGAAUGUCCUCUGAAGGAUAAGUGACACCAAUCAGUCAAUCAGUGGGAACUGCUGCCCUUGUCUGAUAACUUUGCUCAAGAUCCCUCUGAACAUAACCUUUGUGAACUCCUACAAGUAUUUAACUGGCAACAUUGGGUUUGGGUUUUUUUGGGUGGUUGUGGUUUUGGUUUGUUUUUUUUUUUUACUUUGCAGCAGAUGGAAUAACUUAAAUGUUAGAGCUGUAUUUUGCUUUAAAAUAUAGCUUGAAUUUUAAUUUAAAGUUGCUUUUAUGCAAAUAUAUUUGUAAUUUUAUAUAGUUGAAAACUUUAAUGCUUUUCUCCAUUAUAAUAUAUUUUUGUAUGCAAAUAAAUCCUGAACUGGAAUCCAGAUGUCUGUAAGCUUCCUAUGAACGUGCAAACUCUGAAAUAUAAGUACAAAUUAAACUCUUAUUGAAAACAACAUGCUUUAACAUAUCUUGAUAAUGGUAUGUUUUUGCCCUGUUAGGCAAAAUUUGUUAUGCUAGAGGGAUGUGGUUGCUUAAAUAAGAACUUUGUAAAAUUAAUACAGUCAGGAAAAUAAUAAAUUGAGUCAAACUGUUA